GUCACUGUGCUCUGAGAACGAGUUCUACUGCAAAGCCACUGCAACGAACAGGUCUCUGGAAGUGUUUUUUUCUCCUCUGUGUGCUGAAAGGAAAACGGUUAACCUCUUCUCCUUCCUCUCUCACCAGGUGUGAAAAGGAAGUUGUCCCUUGUUAUUGUGUCUUUCCUUGGUCAUCUCUGUCCUGUCCCGUACUGUCCUUCUGACGAUAGAGAACGUGUCUGCACAGACCUUGACUCACCACCGGGAGUCCCACACCGCCUUACCAGCCAUAAGGAAAGACCUCCCUGGCCGCCACUGACCCCCAUCAUGGCAGACAGUCGCCAACCUGAGGACAGCCACCCCCAUUGGGACACGUCAGGGGCACAGGACCCCUCUACCCCCCCAGCCCUCGGGGCUAACGGCUACCCCCCCUCAUACAGGGCGUGCCAGCCAGGGACGGCCCAUGGAGCAGCACCCCCUCCCUACACCUCCAGUGAGAACGGCUUCAACGGCGACCACGCAGUUACGGCUGAGCAAGUGUCUGCGCGAAUCGUGCAAGAGGUGACAGCAGAAGCAGUGGCAGUACUGAAGGGAGAACAGGAGACAAGACUGCAGUCAGUUGAAGACACGGCAAACCUGCCACCCUCUCCUCCUCCCUCACCUGCUGCUGAACACUGCUUUAGACCCCUGGAGCAAGAUGUAGGGGAUGAGGAGAAGGAGGUCUGCCCUCUCCGCCGCUUCCAAAAUUCUCGGGAGAGGUGCAAGUUCCUCGCCCCCUCCAUCUCUGUGUCUGUGCCCGAGGAUGACCCCUACCACUCUGACGAGGAAUACUAUGAUCACCCCUUGUUCAGUCCUGAGUGGGAUCGCUCGGUUUCCUCUCGGCCCACAGUGCUGGCCGCUGCCUUUAGACAGAUCCAAGUAGAGACUGUCGAGGCUCUUACAGAUAACUUCAAAGAGGAGGAAGAGGAGGAGGAGGAGGAGGAGGAAGAAGUGUUGAUGUUGGAGGAGGAGGAGGAGAUGGAAGGUGCAGCAGCAGAAAUCGUGGCUGCUCUUGAGGAGCUGUGGAGUGGGGAUGAGCCUGAGCCAGACGGCCCCCCAACCAAGCCCUUAGAACAGGCUGCGGCUGUAGGCGAGGCCCAGGCUGGGCCCACUGUGCAGGCAGUGGCAUUUAGUGCUGCUCUUGACGGGAGGGAGGAGGAGGUUGAGGAGGAGGUGGCAGUGCCUGAGGGGAAGGAGGAGAGCCUUGAUGAAGACUUAAAGAUGGACAUGGAGAAACCAGGCAGUGAGAGUGGAUGCCUCAGCCCAGACUUCACUGAACCAGAGUGUCCAGCUUUCUCCAGCGGGGACCACACAGCACCCCCCCUGUACCCCAAAACAGAAAUGGCUUCUCCAUCUCCUUCCCUUUCUAACAGCCAGAGCCAAGCCAAAGAGCCUACCAAAAUGUCUAUACCAGAUGAACCUAAAACAGUCUCAGAGAAGCAGCCGUCAGUGGAAGUUCUUGAGUCCAGUAACCUCACAACGGUUGCAGUGUCUGGGUUCACUAGAGCUGGAGAGAAAGAUCAAGGUCAAGGUGUCUCCUCUGACUCUAACAAAGACAAAUCUGGCAUGUCAUCUUAUUUCGAGACCUUGGCCCUGAAGGCAGAUGAGGGAUCCAAGGAGGCUCAAGCAGCAGAAGGUUAUUAUGAACUGAGCACCGCAGGUCAAGAGAAGAGCUUAGGGAGAAGCUCCCCAACAGUUACGUCACCCCCUGAGAUCAACUACAGCAUGUUGGCACAAACACAGUCAGUGGAGAAGAAGCCAGACACCAAGACGAGUCCGAUGGGAGAUCAAAAGGAUACCUUACCGGCCCUGGACAGGAGCAACGAAUGUAGGCUUUCCCCCGGGAAGUUGGCCCUGGAUCAGAGAAGCUACUCUCUCAACAUUACGAUUGGAUCGAUGGAUCCCAGUGGCCAGGGCCUACCUAGGAACUUCUCCCCACUGGCCACGGACAUCAUGUCUUUUACCAGUGGCAGUCUGGAUGAGUCUGUCAAUUAUCUCCCAGUUACCACCCUGUCUGCAGAGAAGGUGCCCCCGCCUUUCCCUCCCCUGAUCCUGGAGACGGCCGCCUCAGUCACGUCCGACUCCUCGUCUCCUCCCUACAACACAGGAGAGAUCCCCGGCGAAAAGACCAGCCCCCAGGGGUCAGAGUCGCCAGAGUCUCCCUUUCCACCCAAAUACUACUACAAAAAUGGGACAGUCAUGGCUCCUGACCUACCUGAGAUGCUGGACCUUGCAGGCACCAGGUCUAGACUAGCUUCUGAGAACAAUGACUCAGAGACCAUGAGGAGGAAGUCUGUCCCUGCAGACGCCCAAGGCAUUGGGAGCGACUCCCUGGCCAACCUGGUCCUGGGGGACCAGAAUCAGAGCCAGAGUCUUGCCAAGAGUGAGAGCCAGCUGGAAGAGUUGGGUUACUGUGUGUUCAGUGAAUACUCAGGGCCCAUGCCUUCCCCUGCUGACCUCCAUAGUCCCAUUGACUCCCCGCCCCAGCGCUUCACCCCUAUGGCUCUGGAGGAAAAGAUGGCAGAGGAAAAACUGAAGAUCGAAGCUAGAGACAAACUAGCCGAAGACGAGAAGACAAAUCAGUUAACUGUGUGUGACGGUUCCAAAGAAAAGGAAGAAGCAAAACAAGUGGGACGGAAAGAUUCCGCUUCAGAGGAAAAAGACAACAAAGAGGUCAGCCAUGAAAAAUCUGCCAUGGAGGACCAAAACGACAAACCGGCUUCAGCUCUGAAGUCAGCAGAGUCCUUUGUGACUCCUACAGUAAUGGUCACCCUGGAUGAGGAGGGAAAGGCAGAGAACGAGGGACCAGAGACAGAUGCUGAGAUGGCUGCCUACGAGAGGCAGAUCCGCCGGCUGGAGAUGGAGGACAGGCCCCUGAGCAUGGAGGAGGAGCGAGAGCUGCAGGAGUUAAGGGAGAAGGUGAAGGACAAGUUCUUGGUGCACCAGGAGGCAUACGAGGAGGUGGAUGCCGAAGAUGUCUACCAACUGACUGGGGCUGCCAAGGACCGGAUCAGCAGGCCCGCCAGGCCCUCCCCGGCCUCCUCCGUGGAGAGCACCACAGAAGAAGAGAAGGUUCCAGUUAUGGACACCGAGAAACCUAAACAGAUGGGAGGUCAGACAACGCCUCCGAAGGUUGACUUCAUGGCGACAUCUCCGUCUGUGUCAGGUGGUGGUGUGAGCACCACUGAAGAAGAGAAGGUUCCAGUUAUGGAUACCGAGAAACCUAAACAGACGGGAGGUCAGACAACGCCUCCGAAGGUUGACUUCAUGGCGACAUCUCCGUCUGUGUCAGGUGGUGGUGUGAGCACCACAGAAGAAGAGAAGGGGAAAGUUAGCGAAGACAAGCUGAAGAAGGAGCAGGUUGUAGAGGUCAAAGAAAAGAACAUAGAAGAAAAGAAAAAGGAAGAUGGGGAGGAGGAUAAUAUAGAGCAGGUGGUGGAACAGGAGGAAACCAUGAUAGAGAUAAAACCAACUAAUCCUGGAGAGAAAGACGAGAAGUUUGAGAAGGAUAUAAUGAAAGACAAGGAGGAAGAAGAAGAAGAAGAGGAAGAUGGUGAAGUUCUGGCAGGGGCAGGAGCAGCGGUGGAUGACAUUCCAGAGCCCAGAGCUGCCAUAGAGUCAGUGGUGACUGUAGAAGAUGACUUUAUCACUGUAGUCCAGACCAUCGACGAGGGCGAGGAGCCAGGACACAGCGUGCGUUUCUCUGCUCCACCUGAGCCUGAGACACCACAGGCUCUCCACGAGCAGGAGGAAGAGGAGGAGGAGGAGUCCCAGGAGGUGGAGAUCAUGGAGGCAGCAAGUCUGGAGGAGGUGGGGGAUGUCUCAGAGGAGGUCUGUGAGAAGGAGGUGCAGGCCUCCCCAGAGAAGGAGGUGCAGACAGAGACCGAGGGACACACAGAGAGCUACGACAGAGACGAGACCACCAUGGACGACUCAAUCCUAGACAGCUCUUGGGUCGACACUCAAGACCUCUGUACUGUAGAUGUGGAUGAUGACAAGAGCAUGGCUACAGAGCAGAUGGAGCCCCUGAGAGCCGACCGGGUCCCAGCCCCACCAGUCAAGAAGGAGAAGACUCCCCAACAGCAGAAGCAGGAGAAGCAGCCAGUGAAUCCCAAGGCUAAAGGGGGGCGGGUGAAAGCGUGUGAGGGGCACGUCUCCACACCAGAACGUAAACCCAUUCACAAGCAGCCGGUCUAUAUCGCCAGGGAGGACGUCAAGAAGAAAAAAGCCGUGAUUAAGAAGACUGAGCUCACCAAGAAAGCUGAGAUGCGCUCCUCUCCAUCUCGGAAGAGUGUGUUAAAGUCUACUGCGGUCCGACACUCGCGUCCUGCCCAGGCCCACCCCUGUGCUAGGAGGAAACCUACAGUGGGUGUACCAGAGGGUCGUCGGCCCCUCAGUGUUGCUAGACAGUCUCGGGACAGAGCCUCAUCGCCACCACUGACAAAGAUCCCCACCUGUGUAGCGGCCACCCUCCUGCCCCCUCGCCUUAUCUCCUCUUUCUCCUCCCACAAUAAAAAUAACUUCCUGGUGGAGGUGGAGCUUGAUAGGCCCCGUCCCUCCUUGGUAGGGCCUCGUGACUCCCCAACACUACACAGACUGAUAGACGUGGAUGGUGGUUCUCAGAGCCCAAAGAGGUCAUCCCUGCCGCGGCCUGCCUCUAUCCUGAGCCGGCGUACCCACCACCACCCACACGACCAGGAGGAGAGCUCCACCUCAAUCACCAGCUCCGGCUCCACCGCACCCCGCAGACCUACGUCGUUCCGUACAGAGGUCAGGGCGGAGCAUAGAACAGGACGUGCCCCUAGUUGGACAGGCACACAGUCGAUGCGUUCCCGCUCGCUGUGCAGCGGUCCCACCACACCCCGCACCCCAGGGUCCACAGCCAUCACCCCUGGAACCCCUCCCAGCUACAGCUACUCCUGCCGCACACCCGGAACCCCUCGCACCCCCGGCACACCACGUUCACUCAGCCUGCUGCAGGAGAAGAAGGUGGCUCUGCUCCGCACCCCUCCCAAGUCCCCCGCCACCACCCCCAAACAGCUCCGCGUCCUCAACCAGCCCCUGCCAGACCUCAAGAAUGUCAAGUCUAAGAUCGGCUCCACAGACAACAUCAAUUACCAGCCCAAGGGGGGCCAGAUUCAGAUUUUAAACAAGAAGCUGGACUUCAGUCACGUACAGUCAAAAUGUGAAUCCAAGGAUAACAUGAAGCAUUCUCCUCGUGGAGGCAAUGUGCAGAUCCAGACCAAGAAGAUUGACCUGAGUCAUGUGACCUCCAAGUGUGGAUCCCUGGACAACAUUCGCCACCGGCCAGGGGGAGGUAACGUGCGCAUAGAAAAUGUGAAGCUGGACUUCAAAGACAAGGCCCAGCCCAAGGUGGGUUCCCUGGAUAAUGCACACCACACCCCUGGUGGAGGCCUCAUUAUGAUCGAGAGCCACAAACUGUUGUUCCAUGACACGGCCAAGGCCCGGGUGGACCACGGGGCGGAGAUCAUCAUGACCCAGUCACCGGGAACGGGCGUGUCAGGGACGCUGUCCCCCCACCGCCACAGCCACCUGUCCUCCCCCGACAGGAUCAACUUGCUGGAGCCUCCACAGCUAGCCACUCUGGCUGACGAUGUCACCGCUGCCCUAACCAUGCAGGGUUUGUGAGAGCCUUGACAACCUCAACAUGGAUCUUUUGACCCCCACCCUGCCUCCAGACAAUCCCAGCCCAGAUAUCCAGGCACCCAGACACCCCAGGCACCGGACACCUACACCCUUCCUCCAGCCACCAUAUCCCCCAGGCCUGGACCCCCCUUACCCCGUCAUGCCUCCAGUUUCACUCCAGUCCACCACAGCCCCGAACACCUUCCCCCUGCCUACAGUCUCCCUCCAGUCCACCACAGCCCUGAACACCUUCCCCCUGCCUACAGUCUCCCUCCAGUCCACCCCAGCCCCGAACACCUUCCCCCUGCCUACAGUCUCCCUCCAGUCCACCCCAGCCCUGAACACCUUCCCCCUGCCUACAGUCUCCCUCCAGUCCAUCCCAGCCCUGAACACCUUCCCCCUGCCUACAGUCUCCCUCCAGUCCACCCCAGCCCUGAACACCUUACCCCUGCCUACAGUCUCAUUCCAGUUCACCCCAGCCCUGAACACCUUACCCCUGCCUACAGUCUCCUUCCAGUUCACCCCAGCCCUGAACACCUUACCCCUGCCUACAGUCUCCUUCCAGUCCACCCCAGCCCUGAACACCUUACCCCUGCCUACAGUCUCCUUCCAGUUCACCCCAGCCCUGAACACCUUACCCCUGCCUACAGUCUCUUUCCAGUUCACCCCAGCCCUGAACACCUUACCCCUGCCUACAGUUUCCUUCCAGUUCACCCCAGCCCUGAACACCUUCCCCCUGCCUACAGUCUCCCUCCAGUCCAUCCCAGCCCUGAACACCUUACCCCUGCCUACAGUCUCCUUCCAGUUCACCCCAGCCCUGAACACCUUACCCCUGCCUACAGUCUCCUUCCAGUUCACCCCAGCCCUGAACACCUUACCCCUGCCUACAGUCUCCUUCCAGUUCACCCCAGCCCUGAACACCUUACCCCUGCUUACAGUCUCCUUCCAGUUCACCCCAGCCCUGAACACCUUACCCCUGCCUACAGUCUCCUUCCAGUUCACCCCAGCCCUGAACACCUUACCCCUGCCUACAGUCUCCUUCCAGUUCACCCCAGCCCUGAACACCUUACCCCUGCUUACAGUCUCCUUCCAGUUCACCCCAGCCCUGAACACCUUACCCCUGCCUACAGUCUCCUUCCAGUUCACCCCAGCCCUGAACACCUUACCCCUGCCUACAGUCUCCUUCCAGUUCACCCCAGCCCUGAACACCUUACCCCUGCCUACAGUCUCCUUCCAGUUCACCCCAGCCCCGGACGCUUUCCCCUGCCUCCAGACGACUAAUCCCAGACUCCUGACAUCCUCAACUUGCUUCCAGUUUAACCUGACCCCAAGCCUCGGACUCCCUCACUUUCCUCUAGUCCACCCUAGGCUCCCUCAUCAAGCCUCCACCCAGCCUUCAAUUUCCCUCAAGUCCACCUCCAGCCUCGGGUACCGAACAGCCCACCCUGCCUCAACCCCACUCUGCCUGUAGACUGCUCAGCCCCCAGACACCUUCCCUUUGCCUCCACUCAGCCUCUACUCUUCCUGCUAGUCCAUCCCAGACACCCUCGCCCCACCCGACCUCCAGUCCACCCUAGACUCCCUCACCCUGUCCCAGCCCUCAGACUUCCUCAACCCUGCUACUCAUCAACCCCAGCCCAGACACUCAGACACCGCCAUCCUGCAGCAGCCUCAUAUCCGCCGCCCGAUGGAGCUGCCUACCCUGCCCUAUGUCAUCAUGAUAAAUGAAGAAACAACAACAACAACCCUGAGGGAACUAUAGACUAUUUAGAAAGUACUUUUGGUCCAUUUUUGUUGAUAUUUCCAUUCCAAGUACCUGUAUUUGGUGUAUUUUUAUUUAUUUAUGCUGCAGAUAGAUAGAUAGAUAGAUAGAUAGAUAGAUAGAUAGAUAGAUAGAUAGAUAGAUAGAUAGAUAGAUAGAUAGAUAGAUAGAUAGAUAGAUAGAUAGAUAGAUAGAUAGAUAGAUAGAUAGAUAGAUAGAUAGAUAGAUAGAUAGAUAGAUAGAUAGAUAGACAGAUAGACAGAUAGACAGAUAGACAGGUAUAUAAAUAGUUAGGUGGUGUCGAAGCACUGACCCCAAAUCGGCUUUAGCUGUUUGCACAAAAUAAUCUGGGUAAGGGCCAGGUAUAGGGUGGGGUGGUCUCUGUUCAGUGCUUAGAAGCAGCUUUUUCUUGCCAUAGGUAGAAAGUCACGUGGCCAUGCCCAUACAAUACCCGUGCCUACUUGCCAACACGUCUUGUUUUUCUCAGUAAAGUGAAUGGAUGCCAGACUCAAUAUUCACCAUACAUCAAGCAUCCUUGAGGCAAAUCAUGCUUGUCCAACAUCCAAUAUAUAAUAAAUAUUAAAACAACUAUUAUAUAUUUAGUACCAGUCAAAAGUUUGGACACAUCUAUUCAUUACAUUUGAUUUUUUUUUAAUACUAUUUACUACAUAAUAGUGAAGACAUCAAAAUGUUGAAAUAACACAUAUAGAAUCAUGUAGUAACCAACAAAGUGUUAUAAAAAUGUAUUUUAUAUUUGAGAUUCUUCAAAGUAGCCACCCUUUGUCUAGAUGACAGCUUUGCACACAUUAUUUUAACCAGCUUCAUGAGGUAGUCACCAGGAAUGCAUUUCAAAUUACAGGUGUGCCAAUUUACAGGUGUGCCAAUGAACAGGUGUGCCAAAGAACAGGUGUGCCAAUUAACAGGUGUGCCUAAUUUGUGGAAUUUCUUUCCUUCUUAAUGCGUUUGUGUUGUGACAAGGCAGGGGUGGCAAAAGACCAAAUCCAUAUUAUGUCAAUAACAGAUCAAAUAAGCUAAGAGAAAUGAUAGUCCAUCAUUACUUUAAGACAUGAAGGUCAGUCAAUCCGGAAAAUGUCAAGAACUUUGAAAGUUUCUUCAAGUGCAGUUGCAAAAACCAUCAAGCACUAUGAUGAAACUUGCUCUAACGAGGACCGCCCAAGGAAAAGAAGACCCAGAGUUACCUCUGCUGCAGAGUUCAUUAGAGUCACCAGCCUCAGAAAUUACAGCCCAAAUAAAUGCUUCACAGAGUUCAAGUUAAUGAUACAUCUCAACAUCUACUGUUCAGAGUAGACUGUGUGAAUCAGGCCUUCAUAGUUGAAUUGCUUUAGAGAAACCUCUACUAAAGGACACCAUUAAAGAGAGAAAAAACUUGAUUGGGCCAAGAAACAUGAGCAAUGAACAUUAGACUUGUGGAAAUAUGUCCUUUGUCCUGAUGAAUCCAAAUUUGAGAUUUUUGGUUCCAACAGCCAUGUCUUUGUGAGACAUGGCAGUAGGUGAAUGGAUGAUCUCCAUGUGUGUGGUUCCCACCGUAAAGCAUGGAGGAGGAGGCAUGAUAGUGUGGGGGUGCUUUCUGGUGACACUGUCUGUGAUUUAUUUACAAUUGAAGGCACACUUAACCAGCAUGGCUACCACAGCAUUCUGCAGCAAUACUCCAUCCCAUCUGGUCUGUGCUUAGUGGGACUAUCAUUUGUUUUUCAACAGGACAAUGACCCAAAACACACCUCCGUGCUGUGUAAGGGCAAUUUGACCAAGAAGGAUAAGAUGGUUUGGGAUGAGUCGGACCGCAGAGUGAAGGAAAGGCAGCCAACAAGUGCUCAGCAUAUGUGGGAACUCCUUCAGGACUGUUGGGAAAGCAUUCCAGAUUAAUCUGGUUGAGAGAAUGCCAAGAGGGUGCAAAGCUGUCAUUAAGGCAAAGGGUGGCUACUUUGAAGAAUCUCAAAUCUCAAAUAUAUUCUGAGUUGCUUUUAACACUGUUUUGGUUACUACGUGAUUCCAUGUGAGUUAUUUCAUAGUUUUGAUGUCUCCACGAAUAUUCUAACAUGUAGAAAAUAGUUUUUUUUAAAUAAAAACUUAAAUGAGUAGGUGUGUCCAAACUUUUGACUGGUACUGUAUAUAUAUAUAUAUAUAUAUAUAUAUAUAUAUAUAUAUAUAUAUAUAUAUAUAUAUAUAUAUAUGCCAGCUCUUUGUCAGCAACAACAUCUCUUCAAAAAACUAUUUUAAAAUAGUGAUUAUUCCUUUAAGUUUAACUUAUACCUGUACAAUUGCAUUACUGCAAGCACUAGAUAAUGGUAUGAUGAGCAUGUAUCAAGUCUAGUUAUGGAAAGAGGCUAUUUUCUAUUUCAAAUAAAAGGAUUUGAGUAAGUUAUUUACUGAAUCAUUGGAUAAAGAUAUGAACACUUCUUCAUGUUUUUGUAGAUAUUAGUUGACUAGUAUGUUAUGCUUGUUGAAGUUGACUUCAGACAACUGUGCUGAUAUUGUUAAGAAGUGCAUCUUUCAGGCCUGCAAUAGAGUACUAAAGGCCCUGUGGCAGACAAGCUUCCUGUCCAGGGGGUGUACUUGUACAUCAAGCUGCCUCACACUACAGAAACAGGAGUUAGGCUCCUGCCCAUGUGGGCCAUUCUGGCUCGAACAAGGCUUAUUUUACUUAGUUAGGGUACAUUUAAUACUCUAUGUUACUUAACUAUCUAACUACCUUGUCCGAGAGUCCGUGGAUUUCGAUGAGUCAGGUUACAAUCAAGAUAUUUUUUAGAAUUGAAUCAUUCCAAGUUGCAGCAGCACAUACUUUAGUAGCACAACACAUUAGGCUACAUUACUUCUCUUCUCUGUCACUCACAUCUCUCCCGUGAAUCCUCCUCACACGCAGGUGAGUCUGGAAAGGGUAGUUUCAUAUUAAGAGUCCCAACAUAAAAUUGCAAUGGCAAUGCCAUAAUACAAUUCUCAGAUACACAUGACAUAUUUCUGAUUAUAAAAUAUAUUUUACUUUCAGAGUACUAAAUAAUGCUACUCUCAAUUAGUUCUCUCUGGGAGUUUUUCUUCUAGAAGGCUGGUUUGCCAGUCCUGGUUAAGUUUAAGAGGAUGCUGCAGUGAUUCUCAUCUCACAGAUCUCAGUUCAAAAGAAACUUUGAUGUAGCUGAAAGCUCACAGAAGCUGUGAUCACGAUCCAUUCACGAAUACUAGCUACAGUAGGCAUUGGAUGGCUGUAAGAUCCUUUAGUCCAUAGUGUUUGAUGAACAACCCAAGGCUCUUAGAGCAGGCUGAGAAUGCACUCAAGAGGGCUUGCAGUUGUCUGAACAAUAUUGUGAAUGAAACUAUGACUAUUAUUUAAAUAUUCGAUUUAGGAAGCAGCUGUGGAACUCUGGACCCUGUGUCCUUACAGUUCACUUCUAGAUGCUAAGUUUGUUUUGUGUAAAACAUUUAGGGUGGGGAAAUAAAGGGGGAAAAUGCAUUAAAAAAUACAUUUCAUAUAAACAAACUUAAAAAAGGAAACUCAACAAAUAUUGUUGCAUCUGUUUGAUAAAGUGUUACGGUGUAUUUUUUCUGUUGCCAUUGUGGUAUUUAGCCCUCCUUCCUCUCCUAGUAUUCCUGAUGUUUGUUUGCUUCUAUGUACUUUCUGCAUCCCCCUAUCUCCUAUCCUCUACCCCAACUGUUAAUGUCAUUCAAAUUAGAUGUACACAGUUUUUUCUCCUGUUGAUAAGGUACUAAUAAAAAAAUGCUCUUAACAAUUAAUGACAAUAAAAAAACUACGAAGAACA